AAGUUGCCGUUGGCUCCACCAAAGGGGCGAGCGCACCACACCAUUUGAGCGCAGAUCUUCUUCGUCAGGCGGCAGUGCAGUAGGUGCCAUGUCCGCGAAGAAGGCUGGUAAGAAGGAGGAGCAGGAAGAAGAGAAGGAGGAAGAAGAAGAGGAGCUCUUUGUGGGAGACUUGGUGAAGAUCAGCGGCGUCAGCGCCGAUGUCCGGAAGGCGCUGUCGCACGUGGGCUUGUCCUGGGAGUCCUCCAUGAGCGCUUUCUUGGGGCAGACUGGACGAGUGAAGACUGUGCAGAUGAAGGAGGGCAAGCAACUGGUGGAGGUUCAGCUUGGAUCUGGUGCAGAUGGUCCAAGCAUGUCCAUUGGUGUCUCAGCGCUGGAACUGCUGGGUGAUGAAGAGGAGGAGGAUGAGGAUGGUGAGGCGGAGGAUCAGAACGACGAGGACGAGGCGGAUGACGGACACGUGUAUCGCGUCAACGAGAAAGUGAGGGACCUCACCAAAGCGGGCAAAUGCGCCACCGGCAUCGUGACGAAGGUUGGCGACAACUCCACCUGUGAUGUGAAGUAUGACGACGGCAGUGCUCGCACGGGCGUACCUUUGAAACAAUUGCGCCCUCUGGAGCAAGCCGAAUCCGACGGCACCGGGCUAUCCUACACGACGACCUUCAAUGAGUUCGACUUCACCACGGGGCAGUUGCCCACUGGUGUCGAGGCGGUGGGUGAAGGGGUGGAGCUCAAGGCUGGACGUGGCGGGGAGACCUUCCUGGUGGUGCGCAAAGGAACCUACUUGAGGUUGCCCUUCAAGGGCAUGCGACACGAGCGCUUGCGACCGGGCGAGUCGAUUCCAUCCUACACCCUGACGCUGGAAUUGCAGUUGGACAACCAACAUCCUCAGCUGGAGCAUCCUUGGUGUCUCUACCAGGCAAGCUUCCCUGAGGUUCACGAAUCCGACGAGCUUUGCUUGGUGGCCAAGGCGCGCAUGGAGUUCCCUCAAUGGAUGGUGGGCACCGACAUCGAUGGUCGCUUGCCCGUGACCUUGGAGAUGGAUCCGAAGUCUAAGGUCUUGGCCGGGUUGCUGCCUGGCACGGUCCUUCAGCAGUGCGGUGAGGUGCAACGGUUGCCCAGUGGCUCCCGUCGCGUCCCCGUGAAGUUCAAGCGCCAGGCGCUGACGGCCGUGGAAGAGGAGGAGGUCACCUCAAAGAAGCCCCAGAGCGGCAAGCUGGGCGGCGGCGGUUUGAUGCCGGCCCCGACGGGCGACCAGUUCGAUCUCUUCAAAGCGGCACAAGAGGAGGACGAAGAGGGCGCGCCCCCGGCCACCGAAGAACGAUACCAUCACGGACGCGAGACGGAGGAUGAGGUGAAUAUCACCAUCCACGCGGGCUACUGGGGCGAGGGCUCACAAGCUGGAUGUGCCACCACAGUGAAGGUCUCUUCGAAUGGCAUCGCACGGACCUUGACCUUCUUCCCGGGCGUGGACCACGGCGCCGUCCGCGUGGAGGGCGAGCCGGACGCGGACAUCGGCUUCAGCCCGGGGCGGCAGCGGUAUCAUAUUUUGCAUUUGACCAUGCGGCAAACUGGCACUCACACCUUCAGCAUCAGCGAUGGGGGUGACUGCACCAAUACCUGGAGUAUGGACUUUAGAUUGCAUGGCUGGUUGGAUGAUCUGUACGGCGCUGCUGCCGUGUCCAUCUUCGAUCCAGAGGAUCGCGAAUUGGAGUUAGGUCAUGAGCUCACCUAUCAAUCGGAAGGUGAGCACAAGCUACGCCUGGUGACGCUGGGCACGCAAGUCUACGAAACCGAUGAACUGGACCCACAGGGCUGGGUCUCCUUUAAUCGCACCUGCUUGGAGCCAGUGGAUAAGGCCAACACCAAGGCCUCUCGACAUCCGACGUGCCAUUUGAAAGUGAAGGAUCGGGUUUUGGAGAAGCGCUUGUACCCUGGGCGUUGGCAUUCCUUGACGGUGACGGUGGACAGUGUACGUGAUGAGAUGUGCCUCUACUUGGAUGGCAUUGCUGUGGAUAAACCCAUCGACAUCUUCGAGAGCAGCUUCGGGCGUACAGGCGGCGGCGGCGGCUUCGGCCGGGAGGGCGGCAAGGACCGGCGGAAGGGCGUGAGUGAAGGGCCUACGGAAUACGAAGCCUAUGCAGGCUUCGGAUACUCCUUCGCCUCGCCCUUCGCGGUGCCGCAAGAGGGCUUCCUCCUCUUUGCGUCCAGCAGCAUCCGGAGCAUGCCCGGCGGCACGAAGCUGCGGAAGGCGAUCUUCCGGAACAGCAUCCUGACGCCCAAGGCCAUCGAGGAUCAAUACGUGAGCAGUCGACACAAGAAGCGACCGGUGCAGAUUCCACAGAGUCUGACGCUGGCGCCCAUCAUGAAGAAGAAGGCCAUUCCUUUGUGGGUCCAUGGGUCCUAUGUGGCAGAGUUCUGCAACCCCUUCGUGCCCGCGGCGGGUGGCUCCCCAUUACACCUCUACAGCAUCUUCUGCAUGGCCUUGGAUGGUGUGGUGGAGAAGAUGAGCGCGAACAGCCUAUGGACGCCUGCUGAUGUGAAUGGCUGCAAGCGUGUCUUGGGACUCUUCAGAGAGUUAGAACUGCUGAUGAAGAAGUGGCACCAACUCUGGACUUGCACUGCUGCCGAUCAACUCAGCGCCCUCUCGGCCAUCUACCUUCGCCGCUUGGCGCAGGCGCGGGCGGAGCUGCAGCCGGGCGGACGGCUGCUGGUGCCGCUAGGCAUUCGCUUGCAGCGAAGCUCUCAGUUGUUGAUGCUGAUCGUGGAACGCAAAGGUAGCGGCAACUACCGCUUCUUGGUGGUGAACUCCAGCCCCAUUGGCCUCGCGUACCACGCCACCGAUGCUUCACGCCCUCCUAAGAUCCGCUACCGAGUGGCGCUGGAGCUGGACGAUAUCCCCGCGGCGCGCGCGGAGGACGAGGGCUUCUGGAUGAUGCUGGUGGUCACGGCUGUGCAGCCGUGUCACGAUCAGCUGCCCUUGUACGAUAAGCUGCUGCCCUGGUUGGCCGGAAGCCCCUUGGAGCACCUCUUGGCCACGGUCAAUCCCACGAGCCCCGCCACCCAGGAGUGGCGCUCGCCGCAGUGUGCCAACACUGAUGGCUGGAGGUAUUUGACAUUUUCUCUUCGGGUGCUUUUGCUGGAGGUGGGUGGCUUUAGCAGCUCCAAAGCCAAGCUGCUGAAGUGGCACCUGCGGGAGCAGUUGUUGUCCUUCGCGGCCAACGACUUGGCGGCCGCCCAGUCCUUAUCCGUGUCUGAGAAGCGACUCCUACGACUGGGCCUCAGCCAGCUUUCGCUGGCGGCAGUGAAGGUGAGUGGAAACCUCGAGCUGGAGGCCUCCCGUGGUGUCAAGGAGAUGAAGGCCACCUCCAUGGCGGUCUUGGGUCGCGCUCAGGCCGUGGUGAAGGACGUGGAGGCGGCCGUGGAGCGGAAGCCCAGACCUUAUGGCUUCGAAGAUCCUUCGGUGCUUCCCUUAUUGGACUUGCUGGGUGGCGCCAGCGAGCCGCCCGCGCACGACUGGGGGUUGCACCCCUUCUUCGAGCGCCUGCUGCGGGAGCAGCGGAGCCCCGGGCAGAAGGUGGGCAUUCCUCUGCUGGUGCCCAUCAACCUGCUGGAGAUGCCCGAGACCAUCCCUGACUUGGAGGCGGCCGUGCGGGCUCUCCGCCUCGCUGAGGAGCUGUGUGCGAAGCUCUGCUUCGUGGGCUACGAGCGCUGCAAGUUCUCCAACUUCCUGAGAGUGGCUCUGCUGCAGCACGUCUUCACCGAGCUCAUGCCCCUGCCGCUGGGGCCGCUGGCGGAGAAGCCGCCCUUGAACCUCACCGAUCCAGUCUGGGCGCCCAACGGCAGUAACGAGCUCCAUCCGCAGCUCACACGAGGCGGUCAGCUGGAACUCAUGCAGGUCUUGUUGAGGCUGGCGGAGCAUUUUGUCUCGGCGGCCUGUGGCUUGCACGCCUCAGGCGGCUUUGACGGGGUCAAGAUCGUGGUCUUGGGUGCCAUCGCGGCCAUCGCGGACCGGGUGCUGCGGAUCCGCACGGUGCUACCAGGCAUCCCCAAGCCCCAGCGCGAGGGCGGGCCGAUCGUGGCCGAAGCCGAGCCCUGCCCCAGCCUGGUGUCGGAUCUGCUGAACGGUGUGGGCGGCAAGGGAUGGAAACCCAUGGCGAUCGACCCCACGAGCUUCAUGCGGCAGUCGGAGACCAUCGAGGCGGUGACGCCCGAGAUCUCGGUGGCGCGCACGGCGGUGGCCAGCUACUUCACGGAGGUGAAGAAGAACCUGCAGGUGCCCAGCGGGAAAGAUCAAACGCUUUUCGAUUGGGACCAACAUGGCUGGAUGCUUUGGGUCAACAAGGAGUCAGGUCUGAAGAAGUUGGUUCAGACCAUUUGCUCCCAUCACCUCCUUCAGGCUGGCGGCGGAUGGGCUGACUUGGCUGCUGGCAGUGAUCCCUAUCUAGUUCACACAUGGCCGGAGUUCCAAUGCUAUCGCGAUAUCAUCUUCUACUGGAAGUAUUUCCUUUGCACCGACCUGCGCGUCUUCCCCAAGGUCAAUGAAUAUGUGCCGCAAAGUGCCUACCUCAAGUGGCAGGUGGUGGAUGAACAGAAGGCCUUUGGCUGCCCGCCCAACCGAGGUAAAGUCUUCUUGGUCUCAGCGCUUGGGAAGGAGCAUCUGCUCAAGCACGAUGUGCCGCCGCAUCGGCCGAAGCCGCCCGCCAGUGGGCUGCGGUGGCCUUCGGCCGCCCUGCCGUCGCAUCACACUAAGACGCCUGUGAGAACGGAAGACGACUUGCUCUACAUGCGGAGCCUGCCGACCUUCAACGAGAUGCUGCGGGCCUCCGACUCGGAGGCCUUGCUGUCCUUCUUGACAGUGCCCUACAUCCGAAUGCCACUGGUGCUGGCCUUCUUCACGACGGGAGAUCGGGUGAACAGCUUGUUCGACCAGGGGCUGCAGCAGAUUUUGCAGGCAGUGAUCUUGGAGCCCGGCAAGCUGUUGGAGCCCAUGAACUGGGCCGCCGCUCCAGAGAACGUGCCGGCGAACUCGUCGGCGGAGCAAGAGCUCGUGGCUUCGCCCUACGGGCAACUCUUGACCGAAUUGGCUUGUGCUCCUGGCUGCUUGUUGGCCUAUUUGGCAAAGCUUUUGGAGCUGGCUUUGGUCUUGGCCAACUCGGCCAUGAGUCAGACAGUGGGCACCAUCCUCUUCACCUUGCGCGUGGCCGCGCGCGUGGAGUCCUCCGCCGUCUACCUGCUGCAGCACUCGGAAGGCAAGCUGCCCUCCACGGGGCCAAGACCGGGUGCUCUCCCCUCCAGCGCUUGGCUACUCCACGAGCUGCGCGCCGGGCGCGAGCGCUUGCGGGCCAUCUUCGCGGAGGCAGAGGGUUGGCUGGACGCCUGGCUUGAAGAGCUACACGACUUGGCUUGCAAGGCAGCAGCGGCCGCAGGAGAAGAAGGGGGCGCCCCAGGAAGAGGUACUGGGCCACAAGCCAAGAACAAGGCGCAGCAAUCGCUAGAUCAAUACAUGAAGACUUCCUGCAACAUUCACGCACACCUCCUAUUGCUGCUGCGGAAUGUGCCGGAAGAGGAGUUGGAUGAACGAUCGGUGAGCCGCAUCUUGUCCUCGUUCGCCUUCCUCUCGCUCCACCAUACCUUCAACCAGAAUUUCUUGGACAUCCCCGAGACGGAGCUCUUCGAAAUCUUUCAGCAUCACAGGCGGGGCUUGGUCCGCUGGUUCGAGAAGCAGCGGAAGAACAACGAGUACGGACGCUUCAACCGGGUUUUGCAGGAAGUCCAUCAACAGUUCUCCACGAUCGACUCCUCCAGCAGCGUGGACACCGCCCUCUUCGAGUGGGGCGUCGUCAAGGGCGACUUCCGCAACGCCGGGCGCUACGCGAUCGUGGGACCUAAGCGAUCGGAGGCGGAGAGGGGCGAGGUGGCCACCACUGCCAGCAAUGACAAUGCAUGGAUCGAGCUGAAUAUUCAGCUGCUGCAGGUGACGGUUCGCGGACGACACGUGACGCCCUUAGAGGCCGACACGUGUGAGGAUGGAGACUUCGUGGAGGUCCUGAGCGGUGGUGCGGGCAAAAAGGCGGAGACGGUGCAAUGUGCAGCUCUGUUGAGCACGAACUUGGUUCGGGUGCGGGAACUCUUGUCGCAACCCUAUCGCAUCACUCGCUGGGAAGGCAUGGCCGCGGCCAACCUGCCCUUCACAGGGGACUAUGUCCGGCUCUAUGACAUGGAGGACUUUGAGGAGCAUGAGGCCUGGGUGCCACAGCUCUUCGAGCCCGUGAGGCUGAAAUUCUUCGUGCCACCUGCAGUGCCUCAGCCCAUCCUCUUCUUCUUGCUGGAAGAGACGGACCCAUCCGCCUCGGUGAUCGUGUUGGCCGCUGUGCAUCCGAAGGUGCGUGGGAAAGUCUGGAAAGAGGUGAUGGUCUUUCGCGACUUGCGCUCGGUGCAGAUCUUCAAGAUCGAUUCCUAUGGUCACCAGCACUACAGAUCGCUGGAGUAUACCACCAACGCACGCUAUUGCCUGGCAGAGAAGCAGCCGAGUCCAAAUGAUCGCGAAGAUCCAUGGCCGGACUGGGGCCGCUACGAGGCGGGACAGCCCGAUUUGAAUAUGCAAGACAAGCCGCCCACUGUGGUGAUGUCGCGGACCAUCGUCAAGGACGUGCACAGCGACGGCAGCGCCGGUGCUGGGACGGGGAAGAAGGAUCCGUUGGACGACAGCGAGGAGUGGUCGGACGGGGAGCCCAGCGACGACGAGACGGAGCAGGAGCGGAAGGAGCGCACCGUUUGGGAGCGUUCGCAGAAGGAAGGAGAGCAAUAUUUGCCGAAGCGCUUACUGAAAGGUUUGCUACCAGAAGGGCUGUUGGAAAAGUACUUCAUCUAUCAGGAGAAUGAAACGCCUUGGAGAGCCAUCCGAGGGUAUCCAAAGACACCGGAGGGCGAGGAGGACCGUGAUCCCGACCACCUCUUGGAGAUCAAGCUCAUUAAGGUGGGCAAGGUACCUUGCACCGCACACCGUGGCUGGUGUGCGCUGGUGCGGAAGCGAUGGAAAGCUGCAGGGCGCAAGCCGUGGUUCUUGCUGAAUCUGCUUUAUGCCAAGGAAGGCACACCCUUGCACUCCUUGGCCAGAACCUUGGUGCGCCUGGAAAACCUGUCCUUCAUUUUGGCCUGGACGGAGCAAGAUCCGCGCAAGGUCGAUGGCGCCCUCGACCCUCCCAUCGACUUCAUCGAGCUGCCGCGACUCCUCUUGUCCUUCACCGUGCGACGCGGCGCCGACGGCUCACGGGGCUUGUGGAGUUUGGACCACGCAGAGCUCUCGGUUCCUUUAGGAGCACCCAGCUACGCGCGCACGCAGGCAGCGAAGUUGCUGGAGCCGAUGCCGCAUUCGCUGCUGCUGCAGACCUCCAAUGCCCAGUUCUUCGCGCUGCUGCCGAACAUCAAGGUGCACCGUCCCCACGUGGACACGGACCCCUUCAGCACGGAGCUGGUCCUGGAGCGCGGGAACUCCGAGUGGUGGGGCCGGGCGAAGAACAAGACCUUCUUGUACCCAGUGCAUGCGUCACGGUCGUUUCUGCAGACGCCCACGUUGGCCUCGGCGCUCUACGUGAUGAUGCUACGCUGGAUGAACCGCGAUUACCGAGGUGUGGCUGCUUUGGUCAGCGCCGUUGGCACUGAUAGCAAGUACGAGGAAGAUGAGAUGCAGAUCUUCAAGCACUUGGGUCGGAUCACCGAUCCACAUCCAGAUUCCCAUGCCAACCGAUUGCAGGUGUCUUUGGCGGUGUCCGAUGCCAACAUGGAGCUCCCUUGGGACUUGCUGGAUGAAUCGGCUGGAUAUCUGGGGAAGCUGGCCCAUGUGACCGCAAGGUCACGGCUGUCGGAAGAUUAUGAGCUUCGAAGCCUACAGCUCUGCCAACAGAUCCGGAAAUGUUUGGAGAUCAUUGAGAAUGAGGUGUCGCUGCUGCGGCAACGUUGGUGGGGUCAGUGGGGCGCGGCGCGCAUCAAGCGCUUCGUGGAGCUACUGGAAAGCGAGAAGGAGCGGAAGCUGGCGAACUUUCAGGAAGCCCAGGAGGUGGAACAAUGGCUUCGUCAGCUGACGCGCAAGAUGCGUGCGUCCCAGCUACCACAGACGAAGGAGGAGAUCCGCUCAAUGGCGCUGAAGGUCUUUGGCGACUACAACGUCGAUCCGAACGUCGAACUGGCCCUCGACAACCGUUCCAAAUACUUGGAACGCCUGGGCGGCCGCGACGGCGCGCGUCCCGGCGAGCCGCUCCAGUUGCAUUGCCCUCAUCGAGCCAGAGAGUCACUUUGGCAGACACAUCAAGACCAGAACGUCUUGUUGUGUUCGCUCUUUGACCUCCUUUGGGAAGUCUUGGGCGCCGAGAAGGUCUUGCGCCGCGACGUCGAGGAAGACGAGGGGCCGGAGAUCCCUAUGAUGCGACGCCUGCCGUUCCCCAUGGCCAUCAACACGGCGUUCGAAAUGUGCCAAGGGAAGAUGACCUUGAAGGACUACGGCAGUGCACCAAAGACGUGGGCCUUCCUCUACUCGCUCUUCACCUUGUCCACCGGCGCUCGCCUCAGCCGGGCCAAGGAGACCAACCCCGCGCAGCUUGGACGGGUGAGGACCGAGGACCGGGCCUUCCGAAAUUCGAGGACCGGAGCGCGUUCCGACGGUGAAGGUCCGGGAAGGCAUCAGCAGACCUACACCACGCUGCUGUUGCACUUGAUGCCUGGAAGCCGGCACCAUGGGGUGCUCGCCUCCUUGCUCCACAUCUUGGCGCAGAAUCCCAACAUCUGCGACUCGAUGCCGAUGUUGACCAAGCCGAAGAAAGUCCGACUGGUGGGCCAGUGGAAGGCCAAGCUCACGGAGAUCCACCAGUUCGUGGUGCAGGCGGCGGACGCCAUGAAGCUCGCCUGGCCGCCCACACCAGAGUCCUUCCAGGAGCUGCCACGACCCAUGCAAUCGGCGGUGGAGAGUGCCUGGUUCCAGCGCUGUGAAAGUCAACAAGGCGGCCUGUGCGCUCGCUUGCUCUUUGCUCCGGAGCUCCCAGCGGAAGGUGCCUGCCUUCUGGGCUGUCCAAGCCUCAAGGGAUUGACUUGUACACAGCGGUUCUUGGAAGGGACGGUGGACAUGCCGAGCGAAGAGGUGGCGGCCCUGGCCACGAUGCCCAUGCGCCACCUCGCUCGUGAACAUCUCAUUGACACACCGCCCAGUAGUCUUCUCCCCGAGGAGAUGCCAUUCGACCUCUCGAAGCAUCCCACGGCGAAGCACCGGGUGGCCAUCAGCAUGCUCUCACGCUUGGACCGCGAAGUCCAAAUCUGCGCUCGCAUGCGCAAUGCCCGGCAGAAGCCAGCGCUGAUCUCUUUGCAAUCGGAGUCGGUGAAGGCGAUUGCCAAUGGCGAUCAGGCGGCGCUCGGCCAGGCUAGGGACCAAAUGGCCCGACUGCGAGAAGAGCUGCUGAAGCUGAAGGCGAAGGAUGAGGAGUUUGUGGAAGCCAUGGCCAUCAACAAGUCGUUCUCCGAUGCCAAUGAUAUCGACCUGGGAAGUGAUCCACAGCUGGCGCCGUUGAGAGAUCGCUUGCGAUUCUGGCUGCUGCGAUACUCCGACUUGGAAGUGACUCUUUGGUUCGAACACCUUUGCUGCGGACUGCUCAGCCCGGAAGCGGACACUCGGCCGCAGCGAGCUCGACUCAGCGGAGAUCCCGCGCGGCGAGGUGCCGUGCCCAGAAUGACCUCCACUCAACAGAAGGUUUUGAUGAAAAUCGCUGGCUUCUAUACGGCUCGUUGGGAGAAGGCAGGGAGACCUCUCUUCGGCAAAUUCUACACCAAGCAGGAGAUUGAGGCAUACAACAACAACCCUGCCAUCAAGUUGAAGGGUCGACGAGCCCAACCUCAUGCACAUUUAGAGACCCCUGCAGAAUGGCCAAAGGACACCGUAAUCGAUCCAGGACAGUGGGUCUAUUGGCUUCCAGAGGGAUGGAAGCAAGGCAUUCGAACGUCGGCGACUGGAAAGACUUUGAAGUGCUAUUUUACUCCCGAUCACUGGCGCUUUUGGCACCGGAAGGACAUAGAGAAAGAAGGCUAUGAGCUGGGAGCAGCUGAACCUCCCCGAAAGAACAAAGAAAACAAAGAGGAAGAGGAGAAAAGAAUCAGAUAUGUCACGGAUCAUGAUGCGGUCCCCAACUGGCCCGACGAGGGUUGGCUGCCGGAUGAUUGGCGGCUCGGAAUGCGUGCGCUACCAAGUGGUUUGAUGAGAAUCUUCCAGCCGCCGAAUCAAGAGGAGGGUUUCUUCUUCCACAAAUCCCAAGUGCUGGAGUACCUGAGCGGAGGAAGUCCUUCCCUGACCGCCAUCAGUGCUUCUAUGACCAUGGAAGAGCGCCUUGGCUUUCAGCCACGUAAGAAGAGAAAGAAAUCCCAAGCUACCUAUGCAUCUCUUGCUGACUACUCAGAAGUAAAGGGCUUCUCAAUUCUGAAACUGCCGGCCUCUGAGAAGGAACUCAAGCCUUUCGGGGCAGAUGGCAAAAAACUCGUGGCUGGUUGUCGGGAGAUUGAAGAAGGCCUCUUGAAGUUUAAAGAUGUCCAACUGCUCCUGGCUCUCAAGAAGAAGACCUUAACCUCCAGCUUGCUGGAUGCCGUGCAGGGCAUCUUCUACCGGCGCCCGGAUGUCUUUUGUGGCAAGCCGUACUACCAGCAGAUCCAAAUCGGUCCUCAUGGACACCUCAUUUGCACCGAACUGCACGUCUUUUGGAGUAGCACUUACUCCUGCUGGAAGAUCGGGGCCUUGUCUGAGGAGAAGGAGUUGGACUUUGCAAGAUUGAAUCCCUUCCUGAAGCCCGAAGCAGCAGCAGGCCUGCUGAGCCGUUUGACUCAGAUGAUGCUGGUGGCCGGUCGCAUUAUCCAACCUGCGAACCAGGACUUGGCAGACCUGCUGGCAAACCCCGACUCUGCCGGCUCCGCAGUGGCCUUAGCCGCUGGGCUGAGCGAGAAGGCGAACGUCUUGAGCGGGUUGCUGGCAUCAAAGAGGACCUAUAUCGAGAAGGUCGAAGGCGCCAAGGACUUCAAGGGCGUCUUCGACCCUCACUUCUUAGUCUUCGAAUUUGUCACUGGCUUUCUCCUACGGCCUCGCCAGGUGGAGAUGGUCAACGAGUUCUCUGAGGCCUUGCGAUCAGGUCGGUCCAGUGUAAAGCAGAUGAUCAUGGGCGCGGGCAAGACCUCGGUGGUCUCACCCUUGUUGGCCUUGAUGCACGCGAACGGCAGCCGCAUCGUGUGUUUGGUGGUGCCACCAGCACUCAUCAGCCUUUCCCGCUCGGUGCUGCAGAAUUGCUUUUCCACGGUGGUGCAGAAGAGGGUCUCAACCUUCAAGUGCGAUCGUUCGCUAGACCUGGAGGUGGCGCUCUCCGAGCGCUUGGGGCGGAUCGUCAGCCAUGGCGAUGUGCUGCUGACCACUCCGGGGGACGUCAAGUCCUUGGAACUGCGUUUCCUGGAGCAGCUAGACUUGGCCAACGACCGCCAGGCCAGGCGCAACACCACGCAGAUGAGGAGAGAGUGUGUGCAGAUGGGACGUGCUUUGGAGCUCAUGAAGCAGGGCGUUUGUAUGAUUGAUGAGGUGGACUUAGUGCUGCAUCCCUUGCGUUCGGAGCUGAACUUCCCCAUUGGACCCAAGAACCUCAUUGAGCAUGAACGGUGGCGUGCAGUGCUUCACUUGUUGGACGGUUUCUUCAGUGUGGAGAAGGGCCGCGUGCCGCCGCAUUUGAAGGAUUCCUUGAGAGCCAAGGAGAUUCUGCAGACUUUGGGGGGAGGUGAUCCACAAGGGCUGCGACCUGCGCUUCUUGCAGCGGAACCCGCACCUGAUUUUGCUGAACGAGGAGUUCUACCACCACGAGGUCGGUCGGGCUUUUGA